AUCAUUUUCAUUCAUUAUUAUUUAUUUCUCUAAUUGAGGGAAGAGGGGGUUGUUGUUACUUGUAAUGGGUGUUUAAAAGCAGUGUCCUAAAGAGAGGAGGAGAAGGAGAGUUAAAUGGUAGUGCUUUUCUUUAAUGUGUUAUGGUUUGAGGGGAUUUCACUUUGAGUGGUCUCUAAUGUGCUGAAAGUGAAGAGGGUUUGUUUUACUUCUCCAUUCUUGAUUGGUUUGAGUUGGGUUGACUCAAAAUGGAUACUAAAGGGAGGCUUAUUGCUGGUUCACAUAAUAGAAAUGAAUUUGUUCUCAUCAAUGCUGAUGAAGUUGGAAGAGUAACUUCUGUGAAAGAAUUAAGUGGACAGAUUUGCCAGAUUUGUGGAGAUGAGAUUGAAGUUACAGUAGAUGGGGAGACAUUUGUUGCUUGCAAUGAGUGUGCAUUUCCUGUUUGUAGACCUUGUUAUGAGUACGAAAGGAGAGAAGGGAAUCAAGCUUGCCCUCAAUGUAAAACUAGGUACAAGCGUAUUAAAGGGAGCCAAAGAGUUGAUGGAGAUGAUGAAGAAGAUGAAUUUGAUGAUUUAGAUCAUGAAUUUGAUUAUGAUGGUACACCUAGACAUCUUUCUGAGGCUGCACUUGCUGCUCGCCUUGGCCGCGGUACCAAUUAUAAUGCUUCUGGGCUUAAUACACCAGCAGAAGUAGAUCCUGCUGCCCUUAACUCAGAGAUCCCUCUUCUUACUUAUGGUCAAGAGGAUGAUACAAUUUCAGCUGAUAAACAUGCCCUUAUCAUACCACCUUUUAUGGGUCGUGGGAAGAAAAUUCAUCAUGUGCCUUAUACUGAUUCAUCCAUGUCUUUGCCGCCUCGCCCCAUGGAUCCUAAGAAAGAUUUGGCAGUUUAUGGAUAUGGUACUGUUGCAUGGAAGGAAAGAAUGGAGGACUGGAAGAAAAAGCAGAAUGAUAAACUACAGGUGGUUAAGCAUGGAGGCAAAGGUGGUGAUAACGAUGGAGAUGAGCUGGAUGAUCCUGAUCUCCCCAAGAUGGAUGAAGGAAGACAACCACUUUCGAGAAAGAUGCCUAUUGCCUCUAGCAGGCUAAGCCCAUACAGAUUAUCCAUUUUAGUUCGUCUUGCUGUUGUUGGGCUCUUUUUCCACUAUCGAAUAACGCACCCUGUCAAUGAUGCAUAUGUAUUAUGGCUGCUAUCUAUUAUAUGUGAAAUAUGGUUUGCUGUGUCAUGGAUAUUUGAUCAGUUCCCUAAAUGGUGUCCAAUUCGUCGAGAGACAUACUUGGAUAGGCUAUCUCUGAGGUAUGAGAAAGAAGGGAAGCCUUCUGGGUUAGCCCCUGUAGAUAUAUUUGUUAGUACGGUGGAUCCCCUAAAAGAACCUCCACUUAUUACUGCAAAUACUGUUCUCUCCAUUCUCGCUUGUGACUAUCCAGUGGACAAGGUUUCGUGCUAUGUCUCUGAUGAUGGUGCUGCCAUGCUUACUUUUGAGGCUCUCUCUGAAACAUCUGAGUUCGCAAGGAAAUGGGUCCCAUUCUGCAAAAAGUUCAACAUAGAGCCUCGAGCGCCGGAGUGGUAUUUUUCUCUGAAGGUUGAUUAUCUGAAAAAUAAAGUACACCCAUCAUUUGUGAGGGAACGUCGUGCUAUGAAGAGAGAUUAUGAAGAAUUCAAGGUUCGGAUAAAUGGGCUGGUUGCCACAGCACAAAAGGUUCCUGAAGAUGGCUGGACCAUGCAAGAUGGAACGCCUUGGCCAGGAAAUCUUGUCAGGGAUCAUCCUGGAAUGAUUCAGGUCUUCCUGGGUAAUGAUGGUGUCCGUGAUAGUGAAGGGAAUGUAUUGCCUCGCCUUAUCUAUGUUUCUCGUGAAAAACGUCCUGGAUUUGACCACCAC